AUGGAAUUGGUGAAGGCCAGAAGCUACGACCUGACGGAACUUUCCGCACAGUUGCUCUCCAAACAGCGGAAAGAAGUCGAAGACGUCGCCAGCUGCUACACGUUUGGAUGCAAUGGAAAAAGCAAGGAAAAGGGAUAAUUUAAGCUCGUUGGAGCGACUAUUCCAACUGAUCGACGUCUCCUGGCUCGACUCACUGCUCGCCCUCCAAGUGAUCGUCCAGCUCAACGCCCUGCCCCUCUUCAUGCAAAUCACCAACAUCGUUGGCGGCGUCGCGGUUUGGUUAACAAUGUUUUUGGAAGGGGAAAUGAUUUAUUAUCCCCCUCCCCUUAACUGCGGCCCACCCCCCCCGUGUGUGGCUGGGGCGGGUUUGACCUGCACAAUUUUUUUAGUUCUUGAGAAAGGGCACCUCAAAGUUCCUACGUUGGCUGGAUCCUAUUCCGGGGUGCGGCCUAUCCCCCCCCCCCCUUGUUGCGUGCUUAUUUCAGUAUAUUUUUCAAAUUUUUGACUGGGAUGGGAUCUUGUCGCUGUACGUCAAAGUUGCGAAAACCUCUGAAACCCAUUCAAUUAGGCUUCUUUAGGCUUCGAGCCCUUAUCUCUCCAAAACUGAGAGGUUGAGCAAGUUGGGAAUUUCAGAAUGCUCUUUUGGUACGUCAAGGUGUAAUCUGGUCAAAUUUGAGGGAUUUCCCUGCCGCUAUGACCUUCCUUGUUUGAAAAAAGAGAAAAAAAUAGCGAAUAGAAUGAAGGAAAUCUAACAAAAAUUAACUGUUUCCCACUUCUCAUAUCAAUUUUUAUUAGUCUCGAACCAUGAUGGGCGGUAGAGCGGAACGCAACGAGUAUCUCCUUCUUCACGCUUUCCAUCGUGACACUCUGAUAGCCCCCGACAAGGCGCAGUUCGGAAAGAAGGGUUUAUUUUGGAAUAUAUGAACCCCUGAUCAAAUUCCGACUGUUAGGGGGUGCUGGAAAGACCCUGAACGAGACGAUGAUUGAAGGCGAACAAGAAGAGGAGACCGGCGGCAAAACCAAGGGAAAGGCCCAGUACUCUGGUGGCCUUGUCUUGGAGCCAAUCAAAGGUUUGGUCGGAAAAAUAAAAGUAUCAAAGCGAGUUUCCUAGGUCUCUAUGAAACGCUCAUCUUGUUGCUGGAUUUCAACUCCCUCUAUCCCAGCAUCAUCCAGGAGUACAACCUCUGCUUCACGACCGUCCCCCAUAAAAAGGUUUGUUAAGAGAUUGAACUUGGAGCCAAUGAACCUAGUCACUUUUUCAGAGUUUUUGUAAUGAUAACAGUUUUUAAGUACAAUUAUUCCUAACCUUUCCAGUGAGUUAAUUCUAUAGCCCAUUCCGCGCAAACUUGUCACGAUUUAAGAGCUACAGAACCCUUUCGGGAAGCUUCCUUUCAAUGUGCACGGCCUGUUUCUGUGUAUGCGCCUUUAAUAGAACGGAUAUUUUUUUUAGCGUUUUUUUCCGUAAAGUGUAGUGUGUAGUGUGCAUGCACCGUGGCGCUUUCGCACACGCCGUGAAAUUUAAAAUUAUCUCUGAGUCUCCGAAAUUUAGUUAUAUUUUUCACUUUCUGACGGCUAUUUUGAAUUUCGCGGAAUCACUUUGAGCACGGCAACAGAAAAGCUGUCUUUUUUCAAUGGGUGAUUGUUUCGUCUCAUGACCCAUUGAGCAUGCGCCUUUAAUAUUCCCUGUCGCCCAUGACGUCACACGAAGUUUUGGCUCCGCCCCCUUCAUUUUUGAUUUCGUUUUUUCUAACAAUAACAAAAACCCCGUGCAUUAAAAGUAUUACGGGGAUGUUGGAUCAAAUAAAAACGUAUAGAAGGGUUCUGUAGCUCGGGAGAAAAUGAAAAUCGGGAAAACUUGGGUCAGAAUGGACUAUAAUAAUGCGCUCAACUGCAUGAAAGAUUUUAGCCUAGAUUCUCUUGAAAUUUUUAUGGUUCAAAUUCCCGCGCUCCAAAGGCAUUUUCCAUUUUAAAAAUCAAAGCAGGGAUAAUUUUGAUUAAUAAAAAUCAGGAAGCUCAAAGUUUCUUUUUUGGCUCGGUUUAUCGCAAAGAAAACUGAACUCCUCCCCCUAGCUCUUCAUGGUUGGUACUUUCAGGACGGUGACGAAGUUCCCGAUGUUCCGGACCCUUCCCUGAAAGAAGGUGUCCUCCCGAGAGAGAUUCGGAAACUCGUGGAAUGCCGUCGAGAUGUCAAAUCUCUGAUGAGAUACCAAAAGAACGAGGCCGAGAAACGGCAGCUGGACAUCCGCCAAAUGGCUCUGAAGUUGACGGCGAACAGUAUGUACGGCUGCCUUGGGUUCCAGUACUCGAGGUUCUACGCGAAACCCAUUGCGGCUUUGGUCACUUCUAAAGGACGAGAGGUACUGUUUUGAAAGUGAAGGAUCCUAUAGUCUGUGUGCCACGACUUGAAAUUUCACCGAACGACGUUCCGCUGUUCCGCUGCGUGCGGUCGCGAAGCGUUUUUCGAAUCUAGGUCACGCCUUCAAUUGAUUUUUAUUGCUGUGGGGCACAUGAAAGUAGAGUACCUUAAUGAAUCAAUAAAUAAAUAAAAAGGGCGACCAAGGUUCGCAGCGGCACAGCGGAGUGUCGUUUGGUGAAAUUCCAGAAGAAAUAAAUAGGCCGCAAAAAACCCCCCAUCAUUAUAGAAAGCUAAAAAGCGGAAAACUUACAGAUUCUGAUGCAUUCGAAAGAGUUGGUGGAAAAGAUUGGCUACACGGUCAUCUACGGUGAUACCGACUCCAUAAUGAUCAACACCAACUCCCUGGACCUUGCCCAAGCGAAAAAGCUCGGCUUCGAAGUCCUCCUCAUCCAAUAUAUCCCCAUUUCCGAGCUCUUCCUUUCAGAUCAAGAAGCAGGUGAACAAGUGUCAUCGCCUUCUGGAACUCGAACUCGAUGGCGUCUUCAAGAGGCUUCUCCUCCUGAAAAAGAAGAAAUAUGCGGCGUUGACCCUCAACUUGGACACGAACGAGGAGAAGAAGGAGCUGAAGGGGCUGGACAUUGUCCGCAGAGAUUGGUCCCAACUCGCCAAGGAUAUUGGAAGGUUUGUAAUUUGGGAGGGGGGAUUUUGUGCUCUUUCUAACUUUGGGAGAAGUUCAAGAAUCCCCACACACCAUCUAACAAGGCCCCAUCAAGCCAAGUUCCGAUCUGGGGGAAAAAAUAGGAGGACUUCAUGUGAGGGAGGGGGUGGGGGGGUAAAAUCAGAGGACUUCAUGUUAGGGGGGGUGAGAAUUUGUAUUUCAUAAUGCCCCCCGCAGUACAAAAACAGGAGCCGAUCCUUAGCAAUUUUUCAAAUCCCCCCUCCUACUUUGAAAUAGCGCCCGCAGAGCUCAUCCGAACAAGUCCUCUCUCAUUUCAGAAUAAUCCCUUUCCCAUUUCUUUAACGUAGGGGGGGUGCUUCGAUUGUCAAGUCCAAUGACGUCACUUGAAAAACUGUGGAUGCAUCGCUCUCUCAGAUUGGUUGACAUUUAGGGGCGGAGCUUGAGCAGCGACCAAACUCAAAAUCUGAACAGACUUGAAUUAUAAAAUAGAGAAAGUUUCAGUUUACGAUAUUUUCCUUUUAGCUCUGUCGUCGACCGGAUCCUCGACGCGAACCUUUCGAGGGACCAGCUCGUCGCCUCGAUCAACGAACUUUUAAAGAACAUUCGCGCCCAACUCGACGCCGGCGCCGUCCCCAUUGAACUCUUCCAAAUCUCCAAGGUUUCGUCGAGAAAUGGGCUUCUAGCUUUGCAACAAAAUUGAUCCGAAGAAAAAAAUUAGAAAAGUGUACUUGCAACCUUUUGUAUAGUCCGUCCGCCGCGACUUGACAGUUUUCGAGUGUCUGCGUUUCUCUGUUCCCUCACCGGCGAAGCCACAGAAACAUGGAAAUAGUGCGUCAACAUUAGAGAGACGUCGAGAGACGAGGAGGGCGCAGAGAAGUCGCGAAAACGGACUAUUUGAGGAACACUUGUUUUGAAUCAUGUUCCGUUUCUCCUAAAAGAAAGAAACGUCGGCCCCUUUAUAGCAACUGACGAGGAACCCGAGGGAGUACGCGGACCUCAAGUCGCAGCCCCAUGCCUCGACCGCCGCCCGUCUCAAUGAAAGCGGCAAAUUCUCCUUCCGACAUGGCGACAUCAUCGAAUACGUUAUUUGCGAAGUAUGCACUUUCAGAAGGAUAUAAGGAAAUUGUCUGUAUAGGAUGGGAGCACAAAUGCGGCCACUCAGAGGGCCUACCACAGGUCGGAGAUUGAAGGAAGCGCCACCUUGAAAAUUGGUGAGAACUUGGGAAUUUCCAAUUUUGUCAAAGGGAAAGUAUUCGUUGGGCAGAUUUCUUUAUAUUGGCGUCAAAAAAUCCCAAAAGCGCUGGCUACCGUCCGGUUUGCACUGCGCCGUCACUUCUGGAGAGAGAUAAAAAUUUAGAUUAUUUUUUUGCGCUUGAUAUUAAUAGAAAAAGGAGAGAAUAAUAAUAAGCAAAGGUCAAAAAAUCCGAAAAUUUGCGCAGAAGCGGCCAAUUGUUUUCUAUUUUUUCAACUUGAGUUUUUGUUUCAUUAGUAAAGCGUAUUUCAUUACUACACACUUUGAGCAGGCCCGAAGGAUUGUGUGUUUUCAAAAUUUAUGUGUCCAGUUCGCGCGAAAUUUCAAACCCACAGAAGUCUCAUUUCAUGCAGUUAGAAGAUGAAAAGAAACGCAUGUUGAAAAAAUGGAAAAGUUUCAAAUUUUUGAAUCUGCGCGGUUUUCCUUCUGUGGCUGCGAAAUUUCAGAGGAAGAGUUUGUACCCUUUCUAAGAAAAGUUUAGGGGAGAGGUGAAUGUGGUCCCUUGUAGGGGCCUACCCCGGGGUCCGGAAAAUCUUGUUUAGAUCCUCCUAUAGGUGCUGAAUUAAAAGGGACCCCUGUAGGGGUAGGAUCAAGUUUUUACGGGAAGUCGCUUACUUAUAUUCAUCCCUUACGCUUGCAAAAAAUGCCCGUCACACAAAUCAUUUUUAAUUUAUCCCGACAGGGGUCCUAGGGGUUCAAGGAAAGCUAUGGUACCCCUGAAAUUUUCUCCCCACGAGUACCCCGAAGUUGCCAAGUUCCUAUCGGGUCCCCUUACACUUUUCUCAGUUAACUUGUCUAUUGCCAACAGAUCACCAUUACUACCUCGCCCAACAAAUUCACCCGGUCGUCUCGCGUCUCUGCGCCCCCCUUGAAGAGAUCGACGCCGUUCGGAUCGCCGAAGCUCUAGGUGAUUAUUGCUAUUUUCCACCUGUCCAAAGUUUUGGCUCAGGAAUGGACUCGAGCAAUUAUCGACGUGCGGCGGCUGCACACGCCGUAGCUGCGGCCGAAAACGAGGACGACGCCGUUUGGACUCCUGAGGUCUUCAGAAUCCUUAAAUGAUCGGAGAAAUGUAUUCUUGCAGUUGGCCUAUGAUACGUGUGACCCUCUGAUCAUAACUUGUGGGGCAGACGGCUGCGGUCUGACGGCCGAGAUGAGGAAAUGUCUCGUUCUUGAGGUAAAAUAUAGAGAGUUGUUCCAUUUGAAUCAAUCAAUAUCGAUCGAUAACACAUUUUGUUGUUUUGUGGCCGAUUCACGGCAUGACCUGUCUACGCUCUUCUAAGACCACACACUGUUUUUCCUUUUUUAUCGUGUCAGGACCCUUUUUGAUGACCCGGGCCAGUCGUGAACCAGAUACAGUCAUAUAUUCAGCUCGCCUUUAAGUUAUCCCUAUAGGGGCUUAGGGGUCAGGUUAAACCCUAAACCCUUAUAGGGGCCCCUAAAACAACAAACUCCUAUAGGGACCCCUCAGAACUUCCUCAGUACGGUUUAUGAAUUAUUUUUCGUGGGGGAGUUAGACCCUAAACCCCUAUAGAGGCCCUAUUUUGCCCCCUAUACGGGUCCCUAAAACAACAAACUCCUAUAGGGACCCCUCAGAAACUCCUCAGUACGGUUUAUGAAAUAUUUUCAAGACAAGAUAGUUAUUCUGUCAAUUUGGUGAUGUCAUUGGAAAGGUACGUUUCAAAAAACGCUCAAAAUGAUGGGUCCACUUGAUUGUUUUACUUUGCAAGUUAUAACGAAAAACUGCACUUAGCAAGCUUGAACUUGAUCAAGUUGGAAGCAUGGUCUUACAGCUGAUUCAAAGCUUAGGCUUGAGUUAUCAAAAAAAAAAAAGGUCUUGACACGAUAAUGCACCAGACCACGCCCCCUCUGUGUCCCGAACUAGCCGUGAUUUAUAGCUGAUUCACGGCUGGCUUGAACCAUCGACAAAAGGGUCCUGCCACGAAAAGAGACGAGACAGUGCCCUGGUUAGUGGAGAGCGCAGACAAGCCACGCCUCCUAGCGUCCCAAGUUAGCCGUGAAUCGGCUAUAGCUAUACGGCCCUCUUCUACGCGUAGUUCAUACAGUCUUGACGAGCUUAGUAUGUAGCUGAUGUUGUGGCUGAACCCCCGAGGUCGUGCUCUAGGUGGAAGAAUUGGAAUGAGAGCAGCCACUGAGUCAAGACUUUUUUUUUGGUUCUGGAACACUUUUCCAAUGAGGCUUCUACAGUAUCGUCUCAUAUAAACUACUUCAGAGAGACAAGCUUGAAACUAGCCAAAGAACGUUUUUUAGGCCAAAAAAGCGCUGUUUCGGGUUUUUGAAGUGUCCUAACUAGAAAACGAGAAUUUUUUUUUGGGGGGGAGUAAAAAACGUUCCCUAAAAAGUUUGGUGCUUCUUGAGUUAGCCUUUCCUGCAUUAAUAUCUAUUUUUAUGUGUCAUUCAUUUAUCAUCAAUCUGCUUCCGUCAGGCGGGAGACGUGAAGCCGAGAACCAUCCCGACGUCGUGCUCAAGCUGCGGGAAUGGAAUUCCAGACGGCAAGCUUUUGAACGACCUCCGCUUGCAAUUGAAGGCCUACGUCGACCGACACGUCACUUCCGCCUUCAAGUUAGAAUCCCCGAGAUUUGAGAGAAAUCCAAAGAGUCUCCAGAUGCGACGAGCCGAUGUGCGAGUACAAGACGAAUAUCGUGUCUUUUCGCUGGAACCGCGAAGGAAUGGAGUGUCCCAAGUGUUCGGGCGGUAUCUUGCGCAAAGAGGCAUGUUUUGGCAGAGUUUUGGGGAAUUAUUGCGAAUAUUCAGCUUGAACUUUGCGAUGAAAGUUUGAAAAAAAAAUACAAAGAUUCGCGAUAAUCAUACAUGGGCAGACCAUUAUCAGAAACCACAGAUCCCUCCUACCAAGUUUUCAUUAAUUAAAGUCGAUUUUGCCUCCCUGAGAGGGGCGGGGGGAAGCACGUUUCUAGCUAUGACGAAAAUUAGUUCAGUACUUUUCAAAAACGUAUUCUAGUUGAUUAUUUAUUUCAGUGCUCCCUAAGAUUCAAACAAUGUGAAAAUUCAGUCGGAUCAGGGUUCUGGAAAACUGAGAAAACCCUCGGAAGUUUCUUUCAAAAAAAGAUUUUCUAAUGACUUUUAACCGAUAUUUUUCACUUUGGAUCAGGCCUUAAACUUGGACGAAAAGGAAAAAAAAAAUUCUCAAAGGCUCCUUUAAAAAAAAAAAGAUCUAUUAAGGGUCCCCAAGAAAUCUUUUAUGCAAUGCUUGAUGAAAAGAUGCUAGAAAAACAAAUUUUUUCAGCAGAGCUUUUCAGAUUUUUAAAGGUCCUUAAAAAAAAAUAGUGGCCUCCACAGGAUUUUGACGGUUUAGUGGCCACUAUAGUAGUCAAAUUAGUGGCCACUUUAGGGGUUAAAAAUUACUAUAGAGUUCUAACUGGUACUACUAGAUGACUAAAACUACUAAAGUUGCCACUAUAGAGGUGGUUUGAGAUCUAAUCAACCAUCGAUUUUGCAAUUUGAAAAAAAAUGUAACUACUCAUUUCAGUACACCUGCAAGCAACUCUACGAACAGCAAAUGUUCUUCCGUUCCAUCGUCGACUUUAAAAAGGCUGAGGCGGCCUUGACGAACGACCAACGAAGUUCGUUCUCUCCGGAAACCUAACUUGUCUCCCUUUUUCAGAAGAACUGCAAUCGAACAAAAAUGACUACAUGUCCGUCUGGCAAACGUAUCAUCAGAUGCUGGAAGUGGUCGACGAGUUCUUGGUCAACAACUCUUUCAAUCGUGUCGAUUUGGCUUCCAUUUUUGCUCCCAUGUGUCGCUUGAAAUGA